GCAGCCGAAGGUCUUACUGAAUUGUAUUGCAAAAAAAAAAUUAUAAAUUAUAUUCAACACUAACUGUGUGGAGUUCGAAUUGCCGUAAGAGACAGCAGUCAUAAGGAGACCUGAAGAUUAUCAAAAUUGAUCAUUUGAUAUCGGCUUGAUUAAAAUUCAUUCAUAAGCUCCAAAUCUCAAGAGAGCGAAAGUGGUAUAGAAUUCAUCCUAGAAUUUAAGUUUGUCCGGAGACUCUAAACAAACCAUGUGUAACAUUUAAGCUUAUCGCCACCAAUUGAAAAAGAAAAUCAUACGCGAAGAAGAGAAAAGACUAUUUACAGACGAUUAAUGAUGAAGAAACUUAUGGUUUUACUGUUCGUCAUCUGCGGCAUUUUCUACACCGAAGCGCAAGUGCCGGGGUAUGUUUGGCAAACAGGCCCAUGGGGGAAAUGUCAAUCAAACGUGUGCGGCCACGGAGGCCUGCAGAACCGUGCAGUAUGGUGCAACCAUGUUGAUGGUUGGACCGCCCUUGAUGAUAACUGUAAUAUAGACGACAAGCCCUUAACUCGAAGGGAGUGUUUUAAAGUUUGUAAACAGCAUAGCUACUUAUUUGAGUGGGAAAUUGAUGAAUGGAGCUCAUGUGAAAACAAAAAAGGUAGUAUCAGUGAUAGACAACUUAAAGACUGUGGACCGGAUUCAGUUGGUACCCAGAAACGAGACGUGAAGUGUCGCGAGAAAGUAACUAAUUACGUGGACAAAGACGCAGAUGGCAUUGUUCAGGAUUAUAUCUGUGAACUGUUUGGUGAAAAACCGCUAACCGUAAAACCAUGUUUAUUGCCUUGUAAACAAAAUUGUAUUGUAUCGGCAUUCAGCGACUGGACAGAAUGCUCAAACCCAUGUGGCAACGGCACACAGAGCCGCAUACGUAGUGUCAUCGUAUCGCCACAACACACAGGAGAACAGUGCCCUACAUUGAGUGAAUCACGACUGUGUGAUAGGACGGGAGAAUGUCUGCCUACCAACUCAGCACGAUAUUACCUAAAAGUCGGAGAAUGGAGUGCUUGUAGUGUACAGGCAGACGAUAAUGCUGAUGAAACCCCGGGACUACCAGUAGGCCAGCAACUACGAGACUUUGCGUGUGUUAACAGUAAUGGAAAGCUUGUUUCACUCAAAUUUGCAUGGCACGUUUCUGAUUGGUCACCAUGCAAUGUAAGAAAACUUUUAACAAACGAUGAAGCCACGCAUCUCACAAUCAUUGGAGACCUGUGUGGGGGCGGUAUUCGUGAACGAGAGGCCUUCUGUGUAAGGCAGAAUGACACCACAUAUGCACCAGUUGAUGAUUCUCUGUGCAGUGAAGGCCCCUCACCAAGUAUAGUCGAGGUGUGCACUGUGCCCUGUACCAUGAAUUGUAAGGUAUCACCAUGGAGUGACUGGGGUAUAUGCAUCCCAACCACCUGUCCAGUAGGAACUAAUGCAACAAGUCCAGGGGUUCGAAAACGAACACGUGUUAUCCUCGUUGAACCAUCAUUGGAUGGAGUAAAGUGUCCACCACUUAGUGAAUCCAUGCCAUGUGAUUCGGGAAUGUGCUUCCGGUGGGACAUAGGGAAACCGGGCGCAUGUAUGCUGUUUGAUAAGAAUAAGCGAUGUGGAACUGGUAACAAAACCAGGACUAUCCUGUGCAUUGAUAAUGAUGGGAUCACUGUAAGUGACAGCAUGUGUGGGCCCUACAAACCGCAGACAUCAUUGGCGUGUGAACUUCCCUGCCCUGGAGAUUGUGUCCUUGGGGAGUGGGCACCGUGGUCUGAAUGCUCAAAAACAUGUAUCGGCAAAAACAACCGUAUAGGCUCGAUGUAUCGUAACCGAUCCAUUGUCGCCAAUCCAUCAGAAAAUGGUGCUCCAUGUCCAAAUCGAAAAGAACUUCAGCAAAUGAGGCAAUGCGGACUUGAACCUUGUCUGUUCUUUGAGUGGGUAACAAGGGCCUGGGGAAGUUGUGAGGUUGCGGAAACCUCUACCAACCCAGAUAGACUGGGUGAUGGCAUCUGUGGACAAGGUAUCCAACGAAGAGAUGUUCAGUGUGUGAGAUUAGAAAGGAAUAAAACUGCUCAAGAUGAAAGAUGCGGCGACCUUCCCAAGCCUUCCGACACAAGACCAUGUCAGGUUCCUUGCACCCAAGACUGCCAUGUGUCAGCCUUCAGUGACUAUAAUUCCUGCCCUGACACAUGUCACGACACCCCAACAAUACACCGUUACCGAUACAUCCUGCAGAAAGCUAAGAACGGAGGAAGAGCCUGCCCGCCUAAUCUGCACGAUCGUCGGCUGUGUGUUGUACCAGAACAUUGCCAUGAAUAUAAAUGGACCAUUGGAACAUGGGAUAAGGAUUGUAAAUUACCAUCUCGGAGAGAUUGUGGUCCAGGGCUGCAAACAAGGGAUGUUGUAUGCCUAAAAGGCCAAGAACCAGCCGACAUCAACUUUUGUUUAAAAUACUCGUCUGAAAUGCCCGCUCGAUCUAAACCAUGUAAUGUAAUGUGCGAUAACGAGUGUCUUCUUACUAACUGGUCCAGGUGGAGCGACUGCUCUGACGGCUGCAAAGGCAUCCAAACGCGUAACCGAAAACCCAGAGGAAAAGGAAAUAAGAAGGUAAAUGUCCGUUGUAAAGACAGUACGUUGUAUCCCACGAUUGAAACACGUUCUUGUAAAUGCGACACGUAUACGUCUGCCUCAGUUGGGAACUGGUCGCAGUGCCUUCUUGGAUUGGACAGUGCAGGUCAGGUAAUGGAAUCACAGAACAUGUGUAAAGACGAUGGCACUAUAAGAGGGUUAAAAUACAGAGCUGUCAUUUGCCAGAAUGAAGAGGGACAGGCUGUGGCCGUAAGUCGAUGUGAUUUAACAGAAGAAUAUGAAACUAUGAAUUGCAGUCUGCCUUGUCCUGUGAAUUGUCAGCUCAGUCAGUGGACUCCGUGGACCUCCUGUAGUAAAACAGUGGGGUCUGGCAUCAAGACUAGAACCCGUAGUGUGAUCAAGCCGGACAUGAAUGGUGGCAGACAAUGCCCACCACAUAAGAAUAAUAUCGUUACUGAAGAGGUUGUUUGCUACACAUCUCCAGACCAAUUCUUUUGGAAGGCUGGACUGUGGGAAGAUUGUUCACUGCAGCGAUUUGAAGAGAACGGUAAUUGUGGUUCAGGAAUUCAAUAUAGAAGUGUUCGGUGUUACUCAAAAGCAACCCCGGUUGCUGAUGAGGUACCAGCAUAUGAUACAAUGUGUAGCAGCACAAAUCAACCUAGUACCAAUCGGCCGUGUCGUAUAGCCUGCUCUGAUGAACUUAUUGUUGGAGAAUGGUCGGAGUGGACAGAAUGCCCUCUGAUAUGUACACCUGGUAGUCGAAGACAGCGGGAGCGUGCUGUGCUGCGGUAUCCUUCUAGCGGUAGUAGCCUAUCGGACACCACUGAAUUCGAGGCCUGCGAGUGUAACCGGUACAGCUGGAAACUGUCUUACUGGGGUGCGUGUGAGCUGCACAGUCACGCCAUAUGUGGUGCUGGGAAGCAAGCUCGUAGCCUGGACUGCAUCAAUCAGAUGGGUGUGCCUGUAGCUUGGUCCGUUUGUCAGAAGUACAAUUUACCACAAGAGAGUGUUUUGGUCCAGGAUUGUUUGGUUUUGUGUCCCAUUGACUGUAAAAUGUCACAGUGGUCUGAAUGGACGUCAUGCUCUCAAACUUGUGGACUUGGAGGUAUAAUGAGCCGUAGUAGACAGAUGCUCCAGACACCAAACGAUGCCGGAGAGGCAUGUCCACCGGAACGCUUCCAGCAGAAGCCAUGCCCUGCGGAUCCAUGCUAUAACCUAGUGGUGGAUGAAUGGGGUACUUGCAAGGCAGAAGAUGGGUAUUGCGGUCAGGGAACCAGACGAAGAGAGGUCAGAUGUAUCCAGGAGCAUAAUGGGGCAGUAGUGGACGACAAUAAAUGCGUGAAUAAACUUUAUUUCAAAAACAACAUCAAUAUCACUAGAGAUGGUUUUGAGCAGUUCCAGCGAGAGCAAGAUUGUACAGUGCCGUGCCCUGGGGAGUGUCAACUGACAGAGUGGAGUGACUGGAGUCCGUGUUUCAUCAUGUGUAUAAAAGGUGUUCCCUCAGGCUCAGAAGGUGUCCAGUCUCGUUCACGCGCAUCAAUAUCAGUCAGAGAAAAUUGCCCAGCAGAUGAAAUAGGAACAAGACCAUGUCAAGGUGAUACAUGCUAUGCAUUCACCUGGCAUACAGGUAGCUGGUAUGAAGGGGAGAGGCAAGUAUGGUGUCAAAGGUCAGACAGGGUCAAUGUAACAGGAGGAUGUUUGAAGGAUUCAAAACCUCAGGAAAAGAGGAAAUGCAUACCAGUGUGCAGUGUGAAAGAAUCGUACUGUGCCAGCAAUGGUAAAUGCCAGUGUAAAUCAGGCCUACGGCCCUUUUACAGUUUCACAUCUGGUGAUAUAUUGAAGUGCGCAAGAGAAGAUGAAUUGGUAACCGAAGGACCAAUGACCAGGCCCAGUUCAGGCAAUGUAGGAGAGAAUAUAAGGAACCGAACAGCAGAAACAGAAGAUGAUGGGGAAGGUUUCUUGGGUGGCAUACCUGUAUGGAUGUAUGCAGCUGCUGGGGGCGCCCUUUUAGUCAUCGUCAUUACGCUCGUUCUUAUUUACUUCGCUUGCUGUGCCCCAAAGAAAAAUAAACAGCCAACUCUACAACAGAAGCAUCUAGAGUUGGAUCAUUCCAUUUACUGGGAUGAUACUGCCAAGAGGAAGUACAUGGAUGGAGUGCAUGUUUGAGAUAUGUAUUUGCGGAGCAAAAUUACAGUUUACUAUAAUUUUUAGCACCUGAAUACACAAUAUGAUGCAGAGUGUGGUGAUAAUAAGAAUACGUUCAAGAGUUUAUAUGUAAUCUAGGAUUUUAAAAAGAUUGAUUUAACCGAGGAGUGAAUAUUUAUUGUAGAAGGAGAUGGGAAUAAAACAGUAAACAUUUGCACAUGCAGUGUUGCAAUAUAAAUAAUAAUUAUUUAUAUGUUUAUUCAAUUUUUAUUAUUUAUUUAUUUUUUUAAUAUUUACGUAUUGAAAUAAAGUGUAAUUAAGAGAAUAAAGAAGAAUUUCAAUUAAAUCAAUUGAUUAAUUAUUUUAAUUCAUAAAACUUUAUUUUAAUAAAUAACAAAUUUCUUAUAGCAUUUGCGAUCUUCUCUUGGAAAGAAAAACUGUUUCUUUCCAAGAGAAAUUCUAUACAGUAAUUGUCAAGGUAGUUUUCAGAUAUAGUAUAGAAUUAGAUCAAAAGAGAUUACCUUAUAAAAGAUAUUGUAACUUUACACACAGUAAAUCAAGAUCUCACAGUCAUCUAAAUAAAAUAAUUGUAUUUUAUUUAAACAAAAAAAGAACAGAUUCAGUACAGUAGUGGUCAAGGUGGUCAAAUUAUUUCAAUUAAAUAAUAUAUUUUAUUUAAAUUUUCCUAUAUACUGUAAUAUAGAAUCAGUCUGAGGUUCAGUCCCUCGCUGUGUAUUUCGCUUGUGUCCUUAGGCAAAGCACUUUACAUACGGUUGUCUCUCAACCUAGGAGUACAAGUGGGUACCUGAUAGGUUCAAACACAAAAAAAGUGCUCAUUACAGCUGUAUCAUUAUGGAAUUCUCCCAUGGGACCUGAGUAUGUGUUCCAUUUGUGCUUGAUCCAGUGGCCAUAAUAAAUGCUAAGCGCAUAGAGGUCUCUACAAUAUGCGCUAUAUAAGUCGACAAUUGUUAUUAUUAUAUUAUUAUCAUUAGAUUAAUUUAGACUACCUUAUAAAAUAUGCCAACUUCACACACUGUUAGUUUAAUUUUAUUUUAAUGUAGGUUUUGUAAAUAUGUUAUUGUUUUGAUUAAGGACCAAUUUUAACUCUGUUCUGCAACUUUUUUUUACCAAAACUCAAGAUCUCACAAUCAUGUGAUUUUAUUUUUAUCUGAAUGACAAUAUUGACAAACCUAAAUGUUUGAGAAGGUAAAGACCCCUACUUUGGUUUUAUCAAUGCAUCAUCAUUGUAACCCCAUAUUCUGUAAUGAUUGUGUACUAAAUAUUUGUGAGGGAUCUUAAUAAUAAGAAUAGGGGAUCUUGAUAAAAAUACAAAUGUCUGGUUUUUAUUUCCUAUACUAUGUUUUUCUACACAUUUACUUAGGAAAUUCUGCAGUGUUAUCUUGUAUUGUAAUCAAUCAUGUUUUUUUUUAGACUGAGUGGUAGAUUUAAGAUGAACUACUUUUAACUACGGAGAGUUAUGAUAUGUUUAGGCUUGGUUAAUGUAAGAUGUAUUGGUGAUAGUAUAUGUAAUCACUGUAUUUUAUAUAUACAUAACCAACUUGAAUGAUGACUGAAUCAUCUGUUUUGGAAUUUUAAUAUCAAAUACCAAAAAUAUGAUUUGACAAGUGCAUAGACAAUUCUGGUGUUAUGAAAAUCUUAUUACAUUUUAUAUAUAAAUAAAUAUAUAUAUAUAAUAUAUAUAUAUAUAUAUAUAUAUAUAUAUAUAUAUAUACACACACACACACACACACACACACCCUUGGUGCGAGUCUCAGCGGAGGUUCGAGUCUCGGCUAACAACUUUUUCACAUCUGACCUUAGGCUAGGCACUUUCUUUAUGUUAAGUAAUACUUACAUAAGAACGUUGUAUACCUGUUUGCUUAUUACUAGAUGCAAAAGUAUGAAAUACUUCACAGGAAAUGAGUGCAUGUUCCGCAGGUUGAUCAACCUAAGUAAUAACUAAGAUAGUAAUGUGUGGUAAAGUAUUAUCACCUACGAAGCUUGGUUGCUAUCAAGUUUGAUAAAAUAUUAUUUUGAUUGUCUUCUAGACAAUGUUGUAUUGUAUAGACGUGUUUUACCAAAAAUGUACGUAAAAUAUCUCACAGAGUUAUAUGUAAAUAGAUUUGCAAUCAUGAUUAUGAAUGAAUCAACUUGUAAAUAUGGUAAGUUUGCUUUGUGAGUGUGUGUAAUGAAUAUAGUAAUUUCAAGAUGGUAUUGAUGGUAUCUGUUUUUACCACUAAGUGAAAUUAUUCGCAGAAUUUCAAGCAAACUUGAAUGAUAAUCAACAGGGAUCAAUAUUGAAUGAUAAUCAAUUGUAAUUUUGGAAGAUAGUCAAUGGUGAUCAAUAUUGACUGAUAAUCAAUUGAAAUUAAUAUUGAAUGUUAAUCAAUUUUUUUAUUUUGGAAGAUAAUCAAUGGUGAUAAAUAUUGACUGGUAAUCAAUUGAAAUCAAUAUUGAAUGUUAAUCAAUGGUUGUAAUUUUGGAAGAUAAUCAAUGGUGAUAAAUAUUGACUGAUAAUCAAUUGAAAUCAAUAUUGAAUGAUAAUCAAUUGUAAUCUAUAUUGAAUGAUGAUCAGUGGUUAUUAAAUAAAUGAAUAUUGAAUGAUCAAUAGUGAUCAAUAUCUAACUAUAAAUCUGAUAGCACUAAUCCCUUCUGUGAGUUUUUAUAGCUCCCUAUAUAACAAUGUCAAGUGUGCAAUUUUAAAAAUUAAGUUAACUUUUUUAAAUGAUAUGCGAGAAUAAAAAUUAUGCAUAUUGAAUUUUCAUAAAGAAGGCACAAACAAACGCUACAGCUUGAGGUGCUGUGUUUAAACUAAUUGAAAUUAGAUUAAUUAAUUGUAUAUAUAUUUUUGUUUUUAAUUUAUAAAAAGGUAUUGAAGAGUUGUGUAUAUUUUGUUAUGAAGCAUCAUGCUAAAUGGAUGAAUCAUAAAAAUAUGUUUGAUGAUUGCAAAAUAUAAGUUCAAAUGUUGAGUGGUUUUCAUAGCUAGUAAGAGAAUGUAUAUCUUCAUUUUCAAAUAAAUUUAAUUAAUUAUGGUCACAUUUAACUUCAUAAGAUAUUUUAACGUUUGAUGUUUUUAAUAAACUUAAAGGUUAACAUUGGUAUCAUCAGUGGCGGAUUCAAGGGAUGGGGGUUCAUGAGUCGCCCCCCCCCCAACCUAGAUUUUUUCAAAAUUAUAAAACAAAGUAGAGGGAAAAAAUUAUUUAGAGGUAACAUAAUCAUAAAUUUCCUUUCCUCAGCCCCAACCAUGGUGGGGUUGAGGUGGGUGGACCCUCUAUCUAUGAAAGUCUGUCCUUGUGGGCCCCCACUAUUUUGAAUUCCUGGAUCCACCACUGAUCAUUGAUGAUAAGUAAAAGUAUUGAGAUACGGUCAAGGCUUGUGUCAACUUUCUCAAUAACUGAUAAUAGUUCUAUGAGGAAUUUUAAAAUAAUUGAAAUAAAAUUGAAAUAUUGUUCGAUUGAUAAACAAUAUGUUGUAAACUUUGUGCUGAGUUCAUAGGUUAUGACCACGAGUGCAACAGUGCUUUUUAUCCUAGAUGCUUGUCUUUAAAACUUUUUUUUAGUCUGAUGUAUUAAUUGUUUUUGUAUGCUUUCCCUACUGUUCAUCAGAAAGUAAGUAAAUACAAAUUAUAUAAAAAA